GUGUCAAAAUCUAGUUACUACUUACUCCUAAAGCACACAAAAGAAGGAAAAAGGGAAUUGAUUUUCACUUGACAAUCUCUCUCUCUCUCUCUCGCGUCUCCACCUCCACGCCACCACUACCCACCCUACGAUCCCUCUUCUUAUUCCCUUUCAUUUCUUCCCUUCAGUGUCAUUUCUACAAGCACAAAGGGCAAGCAUUGGAUACAAACCCGUCUUUGUUUUUUGUAUCCAAAAGCAAACGAGAAUGUCGCUUCGACCAAGUACCCGAACUGAGGUGAGGAAGAAGAGUUACAAGACGGGAGUGGAUGCGGAGGAAGCCAGGAGGAGGAGAGAGGACAAUCUGGUUGAGAUCAGGAAGAACAAGCGCGAAGACAAUCUCCUUAAAAAGCGGAGAGAGGGCCUUCUGCUUCAGUCUCAGCAGCCUUUGCUCGAUGCGGCGCAAAAUGCUGCGGCUAUUGAAAAAAGGUUGGAAAGUAUUCCUUUGAUGGUACAAGGGGUGUGGUCCGAUGAUCCUGCCUCACAGUUAGAAGCCACAACUCAGUUUAGAAAGCUGUUGUCAAUAGAGCGCAGUCCUCCAAUUGAUGAAGUAAUCAAAGCUGGAGUUGUCCCUCGGUUUGUGGAGUUUCUUGGAAGGCAGGAUCUGCCCCAAUUGCAAUUUGAGGCUGCCUGGGCUUUGACCAAUGUUGCCUCUGGCACAUCUGAGCACACACGGGUUGUUAUUGAGCAUGGUGCUGUCCCAAUGUUUGUGCAGCUGCUUAGUUCUGCUAGUGAUGAUGUUAGAGAGCAGGCUGUAUGGGCGUUAGGUAAUGUUGCUGGUGAUUCACCAAGUUGUAGAGAUCUAGUUCUUGGUAAUGGUGCACUUAUGCCACUGUUAGCUCAGUUAAAUGAACGCUCCAAAUUAUCCAUGCUGAGGAAUGCUACAUGGACAUUAUCUAAUUUCUGCCGUGGCAAGCCGCCAACACCAUUUGAGCAGGUGAAGCCUGCUUUACCAAUUCUUCGGGAACUUAUCCACUUGAAUGAUGAAGAAGUUCUGACAGAUGCUUGCUGGGCACUAUCAUAUCUUUCAGAUGGCCCAAAUGACAAAAUUCAGGCUGUGAUUGAAGCUGGGGUCUGUGCACGACUGGUGGAACUUUUAGGUCACCCAUCGCCUACAGUUCUCAUACCUGCUCUUCGGACCGUGGGAAACAUUGUCACUGGUGAUGAUAAUCAGACUCAGUUUGUGAUUGAAAACAAGGUGCUGCCUCAUCUCUAUCAACUUCUUGUACAAAAUCAUAAAAAAAGCAUCAAGAAAGAAGCUUGUUGGACAAUCUCUAAUAUAACAGCUGGAAAUAGAACUCAAAUACAGGCAGUUAUUGAGGCCAAUAUUAUUCUUCCUCUUGUACACCUCCUUCAACAUGCAGAAUUUGACAUUAAGAAGGAGGCUGCAUGGGCCAUCUCAAAUGCCACCUCUGGAGGAUCUCAUGAGCAGAUUCAAUUCCUGGUGAGCCAAGGUUGCAUUAAGCCACUCUGUGAUCUACUAAUCUGUCCAGAUCCACGGAUUGUGACCGUGUGCCUUGAGGGGCUUGAGAACAUUCUGAAGGUUGGUGAGGCUGAUAAGGAAAUGGGAAUGAAUGGUGGAAUCAAUCUAUAUGCACAAAUGAUUGAUGAAUGUGAUGGAUUGGAUAAAAUUGAAAACCUUCAAACUCACGACAACCAUGAGAUUUAUGAGAAGGCUGUGAAGAUCUUGGAGAGAUAUUGGGCUGAAGAAGAAGAUGAUGAACAGAACCUCCAAGAUGGUGGGAAUGAAAAUCAGCAAGGCUUUAAUUUUGGAGCUAACCAGCCCAAUGUUCCCCCUGGUGGCUUCAAAUUUGGUUGAAGUGGUUAAUUUGGGAAUCCGGCUCUAGUUUUGUAGGUGUUACUACUUUCCUCACGGUGAAAUUUUUAGACUUGUGUUUGCAUUUUCAUCGCUGCCAAAGGGGUCAGGGUUUUUGUUCUGGCGCAUAGGCAUUUGCUUUUCUUCUUCUUUUUUCUUUUUUGUGGGAAUUAUUUGAAAUGUGUUGAAAGGGUUUUUAACUUGAUUUGUAUUUCUAUAUCUUUCUAUAUUCCAUAGGAAAAAAAUUCCUUGUGAUUGUGUUAAAUCUGAAAUCAGCUUAAUGGUUUUCUUGUACUAUAA